AACACGAUUUUAGUUGACAAAAAAAAAAGUCGUCAUUCUAUACGAAUGUUACUUCUAAUUUAUUAUUACAAUAAACUGAAGUUAAAUUUGCAGGAUGAAAGUUAUAUGUACAUGGUUAGUGAUCUUUUGCUCGGUGGAGACUUAAGAUAUCAUCUGAACCAGCAGGGCAGAUUUGCCGAAGAUCGCUCAAAGCUGUAUGUUUGCGAGAUAGCACUGGCAUUGGAUUAUUUACACAAAGAAAUGAUUGUACAUCGAGACGUGAAGCCGGAAAAUAUUUUAUUGGAUGACGAAGGACACGCACAUCUUACGGACUUUAACUUAGCCACACGUCUUGCUCCAAAUACUUGCGCUACCUCAUUCUCUGGAACAAAACCGUAUAUGGCACCAGAGGUACUACUGUGUUCAUUAGGUUACCUGACAGGUUAUGAUUAUCGUGUUGAUUGGUAUUCACUUGGAAUUUGCUUUUAUGAAAUGCUCAUGGGACGAAGACCUUUCGAUUAUACUACGCAUUUAUCUUCAGAGCAGGUACUCUACUUAAUGAGCAAAAGUUUGCUAGCGCUGCCGUCUCAUUGGCCUUCAGAUUUGAUAUCUUUUAUUAGUUGUAUGCUCAGAUUCAGAAGAACAGCACCAGUAUUUAUUCCUCGUUCUGAUAGAAUGAAUUGUGAUCCUAUUUAUGAGUUAGAAAUGCACAUUAUUGGUAGCUUGGAAAAAAAUUACCGAGAUCAACGCCAGAAAAAUCAUACAAAAGAUGAGAAAAGAAUGAAUGAAAUAAGCCAAGCAUUUAUAUCCUAUAAUCGCGAAUAUCAGUGCUGUGCUAAUCAGAAGGUUUUCUUUACAAAUCAAAUACCUAAUUUAUAUUAA